CGCGUUCUCUACCUCUCUCUGUCGUCAUCCAGUCAUCCUUGCUCUUCCUCUCGCCAAAAUUGAUCAUCAAACACCCAAAAUCUUCGUUGUCUUCACCAAGGAAGCUCCAGUGAUCUACCAAUUGAUAGUUUUGGUGAUCAGACUUAAGAUUCAAAUUUCGAUCCUUGGCUUUCUCUCUCAUCGGGUUCAUCGCCGGAACCGCCACCGUCCAAUCAGGUCGCAGGCGAUCCCCCACCACCGGCUCAGAUGACUCUCCGUCCAUACUCUGAGUAAGCAAGCGCGUAAACUACCUUUCGUUGUUUAGACUUUUGAUCAAAGAAGGCUAUGUACUAGCAACUCAGACAGGAGAACUCCAAUCCCUUUCCUUUUCGAAGUUUAAUCUUUGAAUUGAAAUUCAGAAUUGGUUUCUUUGAUCUUCGGGUUUGAAGCUGAAAUUGGGUUUCUCCAUUUUUGAUGGUAUAAAACCCCAAAUGAGCUUGUUCUUUGGUUAUUGGGUUUUAAUCUUAUAAUUUUUUUCACUGUGAUUUUCUGGGAUAAUAGAAAGAACUGAGAGGAGGAGAGAGAAAGAAAACUGAGGGCAAUAAAUUUUGCUCAGUAAAUUCGUUAGACAAACGGCGCGUGGUUUGCACGCGCUGUUAGUUUUGGACAGUGCAAAUGCACUGCUGGUGCAUGGAAUCCGCUCCCCUAAGACGACACGCAUUAUCUCAAUUCUCAAUCGCAACCACAACGUUGUGUAAGCCAUUCUUCCUAGACAAAGGAGGGAACCAGAUCACCCCUGUCAAUUUAGUUCAAACUCGCAGUAGUGAGUAAGGACGUCGACUGUGUCUUGGCGAAGGAGAUCUCAGAGGAAGCGGCUCGUGGUGGAAAAGUCAAAUUUGGGCUGGGCAUCAGUCUUUUGUUUGAUUAUAGAACCAAGUUUUGGAUGCUGCAAGGUCCCGGUGAAGUUAGCUUCUUCUGUAAUCGGGUCGAAUUUGUGUUCGCCCCGAGUAAUAAUCAUGGCACUGGAAUUUUCAAAGAAAUACGGUGGUUGUUGACGAGAAGCGAAUGAGACUUGAGCGCUUGGAUUGGCCGAUCGCCGCCGCUGUGUUCCAACUUCCAUGGACGAUCCUCGCAAGCAUCAGGUCUCGUUGAGGGGCGCGAGCGCCAAGGAAAUUACCAGAGACGCCCUGCUCGAGAAGGUCUCUCAGGAACGAGAGCUUCGCCAAUAUGCCAGACGCGCCACCGCUGCCGCCCUCUUCCUUCAGAGAGUGUGGAGGCGCUAUAGGGUGACUAAGGUGGUGGCUUUGGAGCUCAGAGAGGAGUGGGAGAAGUGUGUGAAGCAGAAGCAAGCUGGUUUAGUCAUCACAGCAACCUGGAUUUCAAGUCAUGUUGUGAGGCCUUUUCUUUUCUUCAUUACAUGUUUAUCGAUUCGGAAGAGGAGAAUUGAAGCCGCAGAAGUUGACUCUAUGAAGAGUUGCUUUCAAAUGCUACUAGACAGCAUGAAUUCCACUGACUCGAAGAAGAGCUAUUGCUCUCUGGCAAUUGGAACUCUCGAGGAGAGAAGAAUCUGGGGUUAUCAGACGCGGAAGCUGAUUUCUCUUUGCAUGUUUGUUCUUUCGGAAUGCGACAAGUCCCGCCCAGGAAGUCAAGACAUUGUUGCUCUUGCGUCCUUGGCAAUGCGGCUUGUUGUUGUCUUAACUGAUGUCAAAGGGUGGAAGAGUAUUGAUGAACAUGACUGUCAGAUUGCCGAUGCAGCAGUGAAGGAUUUAGUUCGGUUUAUGGGGAGCCGUGAAAGUGGUCUUUACUCAUCGAUUAGAAUAUACAUUAACACAUUGGAUGCUCCUUGCUCUUCACGGACAAAAAGUAAUGUACAAACAGAUGACAGAUUUUUGAUUACUGCAAGCACAAUAACUUUGGCUCUUAGGCCAUUUCAUGCGUCAAAGUCCGAUCUAAAUGGCCUUGGCUUGUUGGAUGUCCAUAAUGUUGCUGAGAAGUACUCUCUGUUUCUGCUUACAAUUCCUUGGCUUACUCAGCGUCUGCCAGCUGUACUUAUACCUGCAAUGAGGCACAAAUCCAUUCUCCAACCUUGUUUUCAAACAUUACUGAUUUUCAAAGAGAAAAUAUUAAAGGAGAUGCUGGCUGUGGAUCAGUCAAAGUUUCAUGUUUCCCCCAAGGUUAUUCCACCAGUUGGUUGGGCUCUUGCAAACAUUAUAUGCCUAGCUACAGGGGGAGAGAGUGAUUCUGUUGAUCCUGGAGGUUUCCAUCAAGAGUUGGAUUGUGCAUCUUAUGUACGUGCUGUUAAUAGUCUUGCAGAAAACUUAUUAUCUAUGCUUGAGAAUGUUGACUCUGUCCAGGAGAAUCAGGAUCUCCAAAGUGAUGUUGAAACCAGUGAAAAGCCAAGCUAUACAGUUUCAUGUGAGACUGAAAUGACCCAUGGAUCUAUUAAGUUGUCGUUCUUGGAUAUGCUUAGGCCUGUUUCUCAGCAGUGGCACCUUACAGAUCUUUUGGCAAUAGUGAAUAAACUUGGUCACACUCAAGGGUCUGAGACUAUGACGCCAAAAAGACUGGAAUAUUCAGGGACGUUGGAAUUGCUGGAUAUUGUGCAUUUUUAUUCUUUCAUGCUAAGAAUGUUUUCAUUAUUGAAUCCAAGGGUUGGCUCAUUGCCUGUCCUUAACAUGCUAUCGUUUACUCCUGGAUUUCUUGUAAGUCUAUGGGGAGCGUUGGAAACCUAUCUUUUUCCUAGGAAUGUUUGCAGUGGUCAUAAACCCUAUGAUAUCAUUAGUAAAACUUCUGGUAGUGGAAAAGAUGGGAAUUUUGGAAAAAAGAAAAAGCAUGGCAAUAAUGAUGGAGGUAAUAAGUGGGUCAGUGUCCUUCAUAAAAUUACGGGUAAAUCACAAGCGGAGAUUGAUCAUACGGAUUUGCGUGGUAAUCAACCCAAGCCUAGACUUGUUGAAAAAGAGGAUUCUUCUGAUGUUUGGGAUAUAGAACCUGUGAGGCCUGGUCCUCAAGGUAUUUCAAGAGACAUGUCAUAUAUGCUUCAUCUAUUCUGUGCAAGCUAUUCACACCUGCUUUUGAUUCUUGAUGACAUAGAGUUUUAUGAAAAACAGGUACCAUUUACACUGGAGCAACAACGGCAAAUUGCUUCUGUUCUCAAUACAUUGGUUUAUAAUGGGUUUUCUCAAAGUAUUGGACAGGAGGGUAGACCCCUUAUGGAGUCUGCGGUCAGAUGCCUGCAUUUAAUAUAUGAAAGGGAUUGCAGGCACCAGUUCUGCCCCCCUGUUUUGUGGCUUUCACCUGCUAGAAAGAACCGCCCACCAAUUGCGGUAGCUGCCAGAACUCAUGAAGUUUUGUCAGCUAAUCAAAGAUCAGAUGAUUCUCUGGCUGUGCAAAGUAUAGGCUCUGUUAUAACUACAACUCCGCAUGUAUUUCCAUUUGAAGAAAGAGUGGAAAUGUUUAGAGAGUUUAUCAAGAUGGACAAAGCCUCCCGGAAAAUGGCUGGUGAGGUUUCUGGCCCUAGUUCACGAUCAGUUGAGAUAGUAGUUCGUCGUGGUCAUAUUGUUGAAGAUGGAUUUCAGCAGUUAAACUCCCUGGGAUCAAGAUUAAAGUCAUCCAUCCAUGUUUCAUUUGUCAGUGAAUGUGGCCUUCCAGAGGCUGGCCUCGACUAUGGUGGAUUAUCUAAAGAGUUUUUGACCGAUAUAUCAAAAGCUGCAUUCGCUCCUGAGUAUGGGCUAUUCUCCCAGACCUCAACCUCAGCCAGACUUCUAAUUCCUAAUCCAUCUGCAAGAUAUCUAGAUAAUGGUAUCCAGAUGAUUGAGUUCCUUGGAAGAGUUGUCGGGAAAGCUCUCUAUGAAGGAAUACUGCUAGAUUACUCAUUUUCUCAUGUUUUUGUACAAAAACUGUUGGGUCGAUAUAGCUUCCUCGAUGAACUAUCAACACUUGAUCCAGAGAUUUACAGGAAUCUCAUGUAUGUUAAGCAUUAUGAUGGUGAUGUUGAGGAACUGUGUCUGGACUUUACGGUAACUGAAGAGUCAUUUGGAAAACGGCAUGUUAUUGAGCUCAAGCCUGGUGGAAAGGAUGUUACUGUGACAAGCAAGAACAAAAUGCAGUACAUCCAUGCAAUUGCUGAUUAUAAGCUUAACCGACAGAUGUUCCUUUUUUCAAAUGCAUUCUAUAGAGGGUUAAUUGAUCUCAUAUCACCAUCUUGGCUAAAAUUAUUUAAUGCAGGGGAAUUUAAUCAGUUGCUUUCAGGUGGAAACCAUGACAUUGAUGUUGAUGACUUGAGAAAGAACACACGAUACACUGGUGGUUACUCUGAAGGGACCCGAACGAUUAAAAUCUUUUGGGAGGUAAUUAGCGGAUUUGAACCUAAAGAACGGUGUAUGCUUUUGAAAUUCGUGACCAGUUGUUCUCGAGCUCCAUUACUUGGGUUUAAACACUUGCAACCAACGUUUACAAUUCAUAAGGUUGCAUGCGAUAUCCCUCUGUGGGCAACAAUGAGAGGAGAGGAUGUAGAGCGGCUUCCAUCAGCCUCAACUUGCUACAAUACUUUGAAGCUUCCAACUUACAAGCGUCCAAGCACGUUGAGAGAAAAACUUCUAUAUGCAAUCAGUUCUAAUGCAGGUUUUGAACUUUCUUGAAGACAUGCCUUCAGGUGUCCGUCCUCCUUUCUGUCUUUGCUUCCUUACUUUGGGAUUGGAGUCAUCAGACCCCUUGGAUCUUGUAGGCUUAUUUUAGUAGUGCAUUCUUGAGUACUAAAAUGAAUAUUUCUUAUAAAUGUAUAUAUCAGUAGUGAAUUUGAAUACUAUAGAUAAGAGGAUAUAUGUCACUCAUAUUUGUCAAUAUUACUGUAUGAUUCAUAUACAUCGAUUUUUUUAUUUUUUUAUUUUCUUA